UUGGUUUUUGCUAGCAGUCUCCUUCUUUACUUUAGUAGGGAAAAUGCUGUCUGGAGUGAUUUUAAUCGUCAUGUUGUUUCCUGCUCUGGUACUAACCAUGUGUGAACCAGGUACACAUGAUGAUGGCUACAAAGUAAGACUAAGUAUAAAAACAGCCCUUGGUAAAGAUGCAUAUCAGUGGAAUGAAGAUGAAAAGUUUUUAUUCAGAGCAACCAUUGCAUUUGCAAUGAGGGCAUACACAAAAGAUGAAACUUACAAUGUUUCCAGCGUUUUAAUUUGCAACGAAACACAGAGAGUUUCCUUUUGGAUAGUAGUAAAGAGUCCCAAUACAGCAAAACUUGUCCAACAAGAUCUGCUUGAGAAGGCUAUAAUAUCAUCUAGAAACAGGAUCAACAGUGCAUUUUUAUUGAGUGACAAAACCUUGGAGUUUGUAGGGAUCACUUCUACUUUACCAUCUCCAAUUGAACCCUCGUAUCCAGUGUGGCUUGUUGUAUUUGGUGUUGUAAUUGGAAUAGUGACAUUAGGCAUUAUUGCAAUUAUUGUAUCUGGAGUGCUGGCAAAAAAGAGGAAAAUAAAGGAAAUUGAAGAUGGUGAAGAACUGGAAAAAGAAGACAAAAUUGUAGAAAAUGGAAUUUACUGUGGUGUUCUCGAAAUAAAGGAAGGUGUAAACAAUGGUGCAUUUGCCCAUGAAGAUGACAGGCUCACAAAAUUAUAAAGACUCUAAUUAACCUGAAGCCUUAAAUAGCUUGAUUUCUGUGUUUAAGAUGGUAUGUUAAAAUACUGCGAGUCCCCUUUUUUGGGAAUCCCAUAUUUCAAAAUGUAAGUACUGACAUAUUGCAAUGUUGUGAAAACCUGUUAAGAGUGGAUUAUUUAUUGGUUUAAUGUAGAUUUCAUGUUUUCAACACUGGUAAUUGUUACUUUUGAAGCCUUGUUAAUCUUUUUGUUUUGAUUUAGAUUGAUCCAAACAAAAAAAAAUCAUAAAGAUCUGUUACAACAACACAGGUGUAGUUAAAUUGUUUGAACCAUGUGCUCAGAGUUUUGUCAGAUCAUUUGUUAGACAGAUUCAAUAUGAUAUUCAACACAAGCCAUAAUUUGUAAAUUAUUGAAUACAUGAGUAUAAAAAUGUAUUUUGCAAGAAACUGUAGCCCCAUGAAUGUAGCCAAGCAGACAAAUGAUAAAAUGAGAUAUUCAAAAAGAGUUAGGAGCAUUGGAAUAAGGAGAAGAGAAGAGAAGAGCAUUUCCUCUAUGUCUAUAGAUAUAUUCAUCAUGUCUGUUAAAAAGUUCCAUUUAUUAAAUUUUUAUUACUGUUAAAUUAGACUGCUAAAUAUUUUAAACCAUAUUUCAUGGAAAUUUAGAAAUAUUAAAAAUAUUAUUUCUUUUUUUAAGUGUAACUGUAAAUUGGAUUAAGUAGCUUUAGUAUGACUCUCUGACUUUUAUACUGUUUAUCUAGUAAAAGUGGCCAUCAAGCAAAAAGCCAAAGUAAUAAAUGAAAAUUCAAACCUUU